AAAAAAAGCUACCCACCCGUCACGUCACACACACAACCUGUGCUGCAGGUCAGCUGACCCAUUACAAUGCGGUGUGUCUUGAGCAACUGGAUUAUUUCCUCGUCUUUCGUUGUAACAUUUCCAGUUAUUUUAUUUUUUUAUAUAUUUUUUUUUUCAUUGUUACUUCACAGUACACACAAUUAGUCAUUUUUUUUGAGCUGUAAGAGAAGUCUCUUGCACAACUGCUAAGUACAGGUACAUUACUAACAGGUGAAUUCCAGUUGCCUGCCCUUGAUCUUUCAGAGGCUUUUUUGAGAAAUAACUUCCUUAUAGCAGCUGGGUGGAGUCAAGGAAACCUUAUACGUACCUCAUUUCUCCGAAACCGGUGUGAGGAGCAGCAGAUAGCAGACAGACAUUCUUACACUGACGGAUCCUGCACUAAAUCCCUCUUGUCCGGGAGCAACAGACAUCAGCAAUGCUUUACAAAGACUUCCUACAUCUGUGGAACGAGUCCGUGCAGGCGGUGGAGGCCAAGGACUGGCAGAGAGCGAUAGGCCAACUCAAAGAGAUCAGUGAACCAACCUCUCAGACCCUGUUCAACACGGCCGCGGUUCAUCUGGCUCUAGGUCGAGUGGACCUGGCUCUGCAGGCUUUAGACCUGGCCAUAGUCAAAGACGAACGUCUGGCUAUUGCAUUCUUUCAGAGAGGAGCAGUGAUGAUGCAGAUUGGCAGGUUAGAAGAGGCUCUUUCAGACUGUAUCUGGGCCCAGAAACACAUGAGGGGAAACAUGGUCAUUGACUACAGACAACUUGGACUUCAGUUUAAACUCUACAGUUGGCAGGUUUUAUACAAUGCCGCAGCUGUGCACUCUCGCAUGGGCCAGUGGGAGCAAGCCAGUGAGGUCCUAAUGACUGCUUCUCAGGAGAAUGGAGGAAGUCGAGCGGCUAACCUAGAAGUGGCUUUAAACUAUGUCCUGAGGAAGGAGGUCCUAAAUCCCCUCUUCGUGCCGGAAGGUGUGGUGUUUCGCCCAAGAAGACAAGACGUUGAUCAGCUGCAACAGAGAGACUUCCUCGGCAAAGCAAAGGUUAUUUCCGCAAUGACUCCUAAUGAUGACUUCGCAGGCUUUGAACCAACAAGACCACAGAAACCUGGUUUCUAUGAACCAAAUGUGGAAGAAGCCCAGAAUUCUCAUUACAAGCGCCUGACUGUGCCGUACAUGUCUCAAGGACAAGGUCAGCUGAGUGCCCCAAGAGGCGCUGUAGUAUUUGUAUUUGGUGAAGAGGACAAGGAUGGGAUGGUGACCGUCAUAUAUGACGGACAGAGAGGGCGGUUGCCAGGGUCCCUGCUUGAACCAAUAGAUUUCAAGACAUCGACAGACAAAAAGGACAAUAAAAAUUCUCAUGGAAUUCCAUUCCCACCAGGACUUGUGCCACCUACACGUCCCCGGGCUCAGUCUAAACCUGCACCUUCUCCUCCUGCAAAUUUUAUUCCGGAUGAUCCACCUCCUUACUACAAUACUGAGACUUACACAUUGCCAGCAAGAGCUCCGAAUAUGGCCAGCAUCAAGGAUGCCAGCGUGGUUCAAAAUGAAAACGAGGCAUCUGUGCUGCUGAAGGUUCAUUACACAUACACUGUGAAGUUAUCUGUCCCUCAAACGGCACCAUACCAGGAAGUUAAGGAGAAAGUUGCUCAGAAAUUGGACCUGCCCCCAUCUCAGCUGUGCCUUCGAUAUAGGCCACAUGGCUCCAAGGUGCUCACACCACUGGUUGGAGCGAUAGAUUCAGUGAAGGAGUUUACUGAGACUGGAAGAGCCACCGUGUGGUGUCAGAUGGAAGAUCCCUUGACCGAUUACACUGUCCUGUACAAGAUGGUGGCCUUGUACGACUACACUCUUCAGGCACCAGGUGACUUGGAGUUCAGUGAGGGAGACACCAUUGAUGUCUUGCGUGAAGUUAACGAGGAAUGGCUGGAGGGACAC